CAGACUGCAGUAAAAAUCAAGUCCUAGGCCAUAAAAGCUCAAGCAUAUGUGGAAGUUGUAUUGUUAACUCUUUCCUCUGUCUGUCUCAGCUGCUUCAGCAUCAUACCUGUCACCUGUGUCUACAGUAGCGGCGCUGCAGAUGCAGCAGAUGGCAGCACUCAAUGGUAACGGCAUCAUCACCCCAUCACCCCCUCGUCAGGUGAUCAUCACCACACAGCACAGCUACCUGUGCUUCAGGAACCAGGUACAAACACUCCGCCCACUAUUGCAGCCACUCCCAUCUCAGCUCUGCCUCCACCAAUCGGAGUGAACGGCUAUAGUCCCAUACCGGCAAAAACCAAUGGGCUGCCAGCUUCAGAAAUCUACACCAAUGGUGUUCAUCCAUAUCAAGAGUCCGGCGGGGGCAGUGUUAGAUCCUCUCCAGCAGGCGUACGCAGGCGUGCAGCACUAUACAGCUGCCUAUCCAGCUGCAUAUGGACUGAUCAGCCAGCCGUACAUACAGCAACCCACCCCGGUUUCCCAGCAACAACUGCAGCAGCAGAGAGAAGGUCCUGAGGGGUGUAACAUCUUCAUUUACCAUUUGCCUCAGGAGUUCACUGACUCAGAAAUGCUCCAGAUGUUUCUGCCGUUCGGAAACGUCAUUUCUGCAAAAGUCUUUGUCGACCGAGCCACCAAUCAAAGCAAGUGCUUCGCUAAGAACGAGCACCGUGUGUGUUCAGGAAAAUACUAACUAGGGAGCAACUACCUAGAAACCUCCCACAA